AGCUCCUUUGUGGUAGAGAGACAGCCUUGCAUGCCAACACAUCCUCAGAGGCCAUUAGUUCUGAAGACGGGAGUACAGUUUACUGUAAAGCUGAGAUUGCUGGUGAGAUUGCAGGAAUUGAACUACAACUUGAAAGUGAAAGUAUUAUUUGAUAAAGAUGUCAGUGAGAAGAACUCAGUCAAAGGGUUCAGGAAAUUUAAUAUUUUGGGUACAAACACAAAAGUAAUGAACAUGGAAGAAUCUACUAAUGGAAGUCUAGCAGCAGAAUUCAGGCACUUGCAACUGAAAGAACAGAAAAAUGCAGGAAGCAGAACAAAUGAGGGUCCUCUUAUUGUAACAGAAGAACUUCACUCUCUGAGUUUUGAGACACAGCUGUGCCAGCCUGGCUUGACAAUAGAGCUAGAGACUACAUCCCUUCCAAUUGUUGUGAUCUCAAAUGUGAGCCAGCUUCCAAGUGGAUGGGCUUCUAUCUUAUGGUACAAUAUGCUGUCUACUGAUCCCAAGAACUUGUCCUUCUUUCUGAAUCCACCUUAUGCGAAGUGGUCUAAACUUUCUGAAGUUCUGAGUUGGCAGUUUUCUUCUGUGACAAAGAGAGGACUUAAUGCAGAUCAACUGAGCAUGCUGGGAGAGAAGCUACUUGGGCCAACAAGUGGAGGAUCUCAUGAUGGCCUUAUUCCUUGGACGAGAUUCUGCAAGGAAAAUAUAAAUGAUAAAAAUUUCCCCUUUUGGCUGUGGAUUGAGGGAAUCCUGGAACUUAUUAAGAAACACCUCCUGUGUCUCUGGAACGAUGGCUGCAUCAUGGGUUUUAUCAGUAAAGAGAAAGAACGUGCUUUAUUGAAGGACCAGAGCCCAGGAACAUUUUUACUAAGAUUCAGUGAAAGCAGCAGAGAGGGAGCAAUCACAUUUACUUGGGUAGAAGGAUCUCAAAACGAGCCCCAGUUCCAUUCGGUAGAACCGUACACCAAGAAGGAGCUCUCUGCUGUUACUUUCCCUGAUAUCAUUCGCAACUACAAAGUGAUGGCGGCUGAAAACAUUCCUGAAAAUCCACUGAGAUUUCUGUACCCAGAUAUACCCAAAGACAUCGCCUUUGGCAAAUACUACUCCAGGCCUAAGGAAGCACCAGAGCCUAUGGAUUUGGAUGGUCCCAAGGGAAAUGGCUACAUCAAGACUGAGUUAAUCUCCGUAUCUGAAGUCCACCCUUCCAGGCUCCAGUCUCCAGAAAAUCUGCUCCCCAUGUCUCCAGAAGAGUUCGAUGAGGUCUCUCGGAUAGUGGGCCCAGCAGAGAUUGAUACUGUGAUGUGUUCAGCAUAUUCAACUUAAAGGUUGAGCUUUUUACUGCAUCAUUAACACAGCUGAUUAGCUUAUGCAUCCUGCUCUGCAGUCAAUGG